CUGCCUUUUGGUAUGUCCAGCUUGAAGAUUCCCAGUAUUCGUUGAUCACCUUUCCAGGCUCCACCACCUUCAACUUGCGUUCAACUUCAAGGGACAGAACUGCAUGGACAGAAGAGCGCUUCAUGGCACUUCGUUGAAUGUAGAAGAUCAACUGACCUUGAAAGGCUACCCAGGUUUUCCAGACCACCCAUCUAGCUUGGAAGAAUCAGCGAGAAUCAACAAGUGGGGCGCUUGCACAAAGAGCGGGAAGUUACAAUGGCUCAAGUUGCAACCACCCGCCUACAUUCCCAUAGCUUGACCUCUACUUCUAGCUGGAAGUGUGCACAACAGCGUAGUACUUCUGAUGUGCAGGCAUCAUCAAGGUCCUUAGUGUGCUCCCCCGUCAAGAGUGCAGACAGGACAAUUGGGUUCAGGGGAGUUGGACAUCUGAAGCGGUCACAAUGCAGUCGGUCCCCUCGUGGUACAAGGCACGGGCUCAUCCAAUGUAGUGCCAUGGACAACAACAAGCGCCGCCUGCCAACUCUGGACUCCCCCUCUCCAUACAAGCCCCCCUGGACGCCGGGGGGCUUUUCCGCUGGAGGAGCGACACCCCCUGUGGAGGAUGGGGCGUCGCCUGCAGCCGCUUCAGUUGAGGAUGAGCCUAAGACAGAGGAGGAAUGGUUGGCCAGAGUUGCACAGGACGCUGCUAAGCGGAAAGAACUGCUGGAGCAGGUGCGGAAUCAACUAGGGACCUGGUACGAGCGGGUCCGCUCGAUGCGCAUCCUCCAAAAGGCAGGCGAGCUGUCAGCUGAAGAAGUGGCCGAUGAGGCGCGCCUAGUUGGCCUCGACUCCACCAGGCUCAUGGUGGCAGGUUCGGUGUAUGAUUCUUUGACUGACCUCGACCCUGAAGUAUUGAGUCAAUUUGGAGGUCCCGACGGACCGGUUGUUCUUUACGAGCUCAGGACGCUGUCGGUGGCACAGAGAGGGCCUGUCGCGGAAUACAUUGUGGCCAAUGGGUUGGACGUGGACGGCGCGCGGGAGGUGGUCAAGGCGGUCAAGGACCAUGAGAGGCGGCCGGAAGGACGGGAGGGCUUCACGGAGGCCCCUGGCGACACGCUCGCGUUCUGGUACUUCCGCAUGGCGGGCGAGACGCGGGAGCCGGACAAGCGCGCGCGCCUCGUGGAAAAGGCGGCUGCGGUCGCAGAGAGCGAGUCGGCAAAGGAGCGCGUGGCCGAGUCUAGUUGACUACCUCGCACUAGGUAUGGAGUUACAAUUGUACGACACAAGUCUUCUUCUAUACGGCAGGACACUCGUUGUAAUACCAGAUGUUGAACCCGCAGGGAUAUGGAUUGACUUGUCAAAACCAGUCUUUUCUUAUGACAGUCCCAGUGUCAUGUGCCAUACACCGGGCCCCUUCAAGUUCUUGUGCUCAUGGCCUUGGAUAUUCGUCCGGUGCAUCCUGCACAAAGCUUUCUCUUUAUGCCGGUGAAGUUCCCAAG